GAGGGAAUCAGUACCCGGACCGCCGCUGAGCGGCAAGCGCGUGUCGCGCAACGCAAAUCGGCAACACACACAAAGCAAUAACAAACGUAGCUAAAAACAAGACUGACGGGUCGACAAUAAAUAGAUUAUAAGCAAAACAAUGAAGUUAUUUACAAGAUGCAAGCAAGUGAAAGGCUACGUAUCAUCAUAUCGGAAUAUUACAUAAUCGCAACGUGAAAGUCAGUGUUCUGCCGACACUGGUCAGCGACACACGCGUCGUAAAAAAAAUAAAAAAUAAAGUGACGUUCGGAAAUUAAAAAGUAAAAUAGUGCGAGGAAAAGGUGCGAAAACCCGGGAAAGUGAGGGAGUUUGCUGUACAUCGUUAUAUUUUGUCUGUGCCGCCCGCCGACCAAUGGCGGGGCGUGGACCGCCCCCGCGGGGGGUAUGUCUGGUGCUUCUUGCCCUGUAUGCCGUGCCAGCAUCAGCGCGGCGAGCGGAGCCAUACUACGGUCGACCCAUCGGCCGGCUGAACCAGUACGCACACGGCAUACGCGGACAAGUCUACGCAGUCGAUGAGAGCACGGUAUUCGUACGUGGUUUCGCAUACGACGGCACCGGCCCUGAUGCUUACUUCUGGGUCGGUGACACGCCGCAGCCCUCACCUGAGGGUGUGCCCAUACCAUACCCUGAAGAUUAUACUACUAGGGACCCGCCAAUACUGACGGCUCACACAAACACAGAUAUACUCCUGAGGUUGCCGGGCGGCAAACGGCUCAAGGACAUCAAGUGGUUGUCUGUCUGGUGUCGAAGGUUUACUGUUAACUUCGGCGACGUAUUCAUCCCACCAGGCCUCGAUCCCCCGAGGCCGAGAGUCCUCCCCGAACUGAAGAGGCUCGCACACGGCCUCCGCUCUGGCAACAUCAGCGUUCUAGACGCCAAAACGUUCUAUAUUCCUAACCUGCAUUAUGAUGGCGCCGGACCCGACGCGUAUUUCUGGGUCGGCAAUGGAAGCGAGCCCAAUCCGUUUGGCACUAAGGUCCCAAGCGAAAGUGGCUCCCUCCACCCCCUCCGCGGCUACCAAGGUGAAGACAUCGAGAUUCAACUGCCCGGGAAGCUAACAGCGUAUGACAUAGACUGGCUCGCUGUCUGGUGUGUAGAGUACCGGCACAACUUCGGACAUGUGUAUAUUCCGAAGGACUUAGAUGUGCCUCCGGCGUUGGGGCAGACGAAAAUUACUCCUGCUUGGUGGUAUAACCCAACAAGUUCAACUACGUCACAAACCCCCGCUAGCGCUACUAAUAACUGCAAGGAAAUUUUAGACAAAAGGCUACAGGUCAAAUGGGAACUACAGGGCAACCAAAUACAAAUAACGCUCUCGGCGCGUCUAAGGCGGGAGCAAUAUAUGGCCUUCGGAAUAUCAGGGGCAGAAGGGAGACCUGCCAUGCUGAACGCUGAUGUGGUGGUUGCUUAUUGGGACAACAAAGCAAAUCAGCCUAAAGUAGCAGACUACACCAUAAGCCACUUAGCUCAAUGUGACGGAGAGAGAGGAGUGUGCCCCGACGCGAGACUUGGCGGCAGUAACGACGUUGUCGUCGUAUCAGGGCAACAGAAGAACGGCAUAACCACCAUCACCUACCGUCGCCCUCUAGCGGCCAAAGAACCAAACAAAGACAAAGAAGUUCUUACAUCGCGCUCGCAGUCCGUGAUCGCGGCGUUUGGUCCUCUCAACUCGCGAUACGAGGCCAAUGCGCAUUCCUUUAUGGAUACUACUAGGAAUGAUGUGCAGCUUGACUUUGGGGCUCAGAACGAUAACUCAUGCAUCGGCCUAGCUGAGUUGGAUGACGAUGGCCCAGCACCAUGGCCACCGCGCGUCAUCUCCGGCGUCACCAACUUCACCGCUCGCAUCGGGCCUGCUGGUGGCAAGCGAGGCUACACUCCCAUCACUGACAAUGACAUAAGUAAAGGAUUUUUACCGUAUGGGCAUCCAUCUUGGGGCAUCGCGUGGUACAUCAACGACCAGUUGAUCCCGGAGCUGUAUGUGGAGCGAGGCAAAACUUACACCUUCAUUGUUGAGGGCGGCGAGGAUCAGACCAACCCUGCUAAAUUCCACCCGUUCUACAUCAGCGACUCGUCCGAAGGCGGUUACGGGCAGAAAAAGCCAGAAGACCAGAACAAGCAGCGUGUAUUUGCGGGAGUGGCGCGUGACAACGAAGGCUACGCUUACCCUACUGCUAUCGGCCGCUACUGUGAAUGGAUACACAAGACGACGGACCAAUCGGCCGUCUCUGACACUUUCGAGGCCUAUAUGAAGACUCUACAGCUGGAAUGUAAUGAAGGCGAGCCAGGAGUACUCAACUGGACAGUAGCCGAAGAAACGCCUGAUCUGGUGUAUUAUCAGUGCUACACACACAAUAACCUGGGUUGGAAGAUUCAUGUACUUGAUCCAGGGCAACCAAUACCACUUCCAGGAGAUCAAAGGGCUAACUCUGCUGCUGUAUACCUACCAACGGUUACAGCAUUGAUUGCCAUUUUAACAUCCUUUUACAAUAUUGCAUCAAGAUAAGAUUGCAUUGCACAAAUAGCGAGCUCUGUUAUAAAAGUGUAUGAAACAGCAGCUAUUACCAUGAUUAUCUCAAAUUGUAAACUUUGUGAUUUUCAAAUUAAAACUAAAUGAAAAAGAUUUGCUGUUUCAUAUACGUUGUGGAGAUUGUGAUAUAUUGUUGGGAUAUUAUUAUAAUAUAAGAAGUAACAGAGUUCGCACGAAUUUAUGUAUGUACAGGUGUUUUUGAAUUGGGUAAAUAAUGUCAAUCAGAGUUAAAUCAAUUUCAUAUCAAGUACAUUCUAUAAAUUGCAUUUUGUGCAUUUAUCUUUACGAUUUAGCUUCAAAACAUAGAGGAAAAUCAAUAGUUUACUAUUGUAAUAAAUGAAUAUCAUAGA